CAAGAGACAAGUUGAGAGCGUUCAUGAAUGAUGACAGAACAUGGAGUUCAAGAUUUCUACGACUUCGUCGGUUAUAGGAAUCAACAUUGUCAUCGUAAUGUUCGUUGGUCUCGUCGUUCUUUGUGUUCACAAGAAAAGCACCAAGGUUGCUUCAGCUACUCGUGUUCGCAAAAGGCACCUUCGUGCUGGGGAAAAUUACAAUGGAAAACAUCGAAUCGCCAGUAACCGCAGCAUCAUAUCCAGUGUCGUCAGUUCUAACGAGGAUCUGACGUCAUAUUAUGAAGUGUACCAAAUCGUUGUUCCUACAAUGGAUUCUAAAACUUGUCAUGUCGCAGAGCAAACAGAAGUUUUUAUAAACGCUGAAAACCAAAUCAAAUUGUCUGAUCAGUGAUACAAAGGGAAUUCAUGGUUAUCUCUCAUGGUUGAUGAAAACAGUAUUUGAAUCUGUUCAGUGACUCGUACAUAUGACGUUAACGUAAUGGCAAAAUGGAAUUUUUUUUCAUGACGAGAGGGGAUUUUUGGUGUUGUGGAUCUGUAAUUAAUGAAGCCAAACAAGGACUGAAUCAAACACUUAAGACAAAUCUGUACUUGUUUAUCUUUGUGACUGGUAACAUGUUUGACAGAAACUGUCUGUUUUUCUUGGAAGUUAACCUUUGUUAUUGAAAGGCAUCGCGUGAUAUUCAAUAACUUUCUUUCAAUUACCAAUAUCGCCAUUUUUUUCAUAAGCAAAUCGAUUUCUAAGGCCUCGAACGUACCAAUUAGAUCUAUGCCA